AUGGGUAGACAGGCAGGUGGGAGACAGAACAUUGGUUAUAUACCACAAGAUCAUCACAAUUAUCUCCGAUCUAAACGUCAGCGUGACUUAAUUCAUGGUGAAGCGAGCAGUUUGUUACAAUAUUUUACAGAACAAUCUAGGCUAAAUCCCUUUUUUAGCUACGCCGUGCAAUUGGAUACGAAUGAGCAUGUAACAAAUAUUUUUUGGGCCGAUGCAAGAAUGAUAAUAGAUUAUGCCUUGUUUGACAAUGUUGUUACCUUCGAUACUACAUUUUGCACAAACAAGGAAAAUAGGUCAUUUGGUAUAUUUGCUGGAUUUAACCAUCACAGAGGAGUCGUUGCAUUUGGGGCAGCUCUUUUAUAUGACGAGACGGUAGAAUCAUUCAAUUGGUUAUUUGAGGCAUUCUUGGAAAGUCAUGGGAAAAAGAAACCUAUAACCAUUUUUACAGAUCAAGAUGCUGCAAUGGCUAAGGCAAUUUCAGAGGUGUUUCAUGGGACAUGGCAUGGUUUGUGUACUUGGCAUUUAAUGCAAAAUGCGAUUAAACAUCUAGGUAACUUAAUGAAGAACGGAUCAAGCUUUCUAUCAGAUCUAAAUAAGUGUGUAUAUCAGUAUGUUGAGGAAGUAAAAUUUGAGUCUGCAUGGGAAGAAUUACAAAUUAAGUAUGGGGUUGAAAAUAAUCCAUGGUUAAAUCGUAUGUAUGGACUUAAAGAGAAGUGGGCUAGAUCUUAUAUGAAUAAUGCAUUUACAAGUGGUAUGCGAAGUACACAACUAAGUGAAAGUUUAAAUGCUGACUUGAAGGACUAUACAAAAUCUAUUUUAGAUGUUGUACAGUUUUUUAAGCAUUUUGAAAGGGUAGUCAAUGAUAAACGUGCUAAGGAAUUGAAGGUUGAUUUUGAUGCAAGAAAUAAGCUACCAAAGAUUUUGUUUUCCCACACAAAAAUUAUUAAACAUGCAGAGGAGGUGUACACUCCAACAAUCUUUAACUUAUUUCAAGAUGAGUAUUCAUGUGUUGGUGAUUGUUACAUAAAGUGGAAGAAUGAAAGUUCUAACUUGCGUGAGUAUAUUGUUGGUAUUCUUGAUCAGGAGAUGGAAUUUAAAGUUGAGUGUAAUCCAUCUGAGUCUGUGAUUCAAUGUAACUGUAGAAAGUUUGAGACAUUUGGCAUUCUAUGUUGUCAUGCUUUGAAAGGUUUGGACUUAUUAGAUAUCAAGUGCAUUCCUAAAGCAUAUAUAUUGAGAAGAUGGACACUUGCAGCAAGAAGCAUGGUGAUUGAAUAUAGCAGGGAAAAAGAGGUUGUGAAACAUGUUAAUUUGGAUUCUACAAAGCGUUCUACAUUGCUAUGCCGUAAAUUGGUAAAACUUGCAUCACAAGCAUCCAAUUCAACAGAUGGAUAUGAUUUGGUGAACAAUGCUGCUACUGACUUGUUUAAACAACUAGACAAUCUUGUCAAGGAUGCCCCACACCAAGCUGAGUCAACUGAGGAGCCUAAUCUGAUUAUUGCUAAAGGGCUUAAAAAGAAAGAGAAGAAAAAGAGAGAAGGCAAAAAUACUACAAAAAGAUACAAAAGUUGUUUGGAAACACAAGGAAAAAGCACAAAAAGUCCUUAA